AUGAAAAGAGAGCUCUUUGCAUGCUCAGCUCUUAGUGCAGACAGCCCGGAAGGCACAUCAGAGGGCUGCAGCUCCCAUGGCCAGAACUCAGCACUCUCUCCUGGGAUCAUGGCUGUCUGUGGGGAUAUUGUUGGGUCUCCUGUUGUCGGCUGCAUUGGCCCUGGAGCCCAUCAGCACAGCUUUCUCCAUUGCCACCGCACUGACCGGGUACCUGUCCUCCCCACCCUUCCUUUGCAGCCAUCUGAUGGAGUGCUGUGAGGAGAAUGCCUAUGACAGUACAGCUUUCCAGGAAAACUUGGAAAAAAACCUGUUUGGGCAGCACCUGGCCCGUGACAUCAUCUUCCGAGCAAUCACAGGGUUUAUGAACACUGAAAACCCCAAAAAGCCCCUGGCUCUAUCCCUGCAUGGCUGGACCGGAAUCGGCAAGACCUUCACCAGCAAACUCAUCGCAGAGAACAUUCAUAAGAAGGGGAUGAAGAGCAAAUAUGUCCAUCAUUUUAUAUCAACUAAGCAUUUCCCACACGGCAAAUUAAUUGAUCUGUACAAGGAUCAAAUACAGUUGUGGAUUAGUGGAAAUGUUACCAGCUGUUCUCGAUCCAUAUUUAUAUUUGAUGAGAUGGACAAGUUGCAACAAGGACUCAUUGACACAAUCAAGCCAUUCCUGGACUAUUAUGAGCAGAUCGAUGGCGUGUCCUACCGUAAAGCUAUCUUCAUUUUUCUCAGCAAUGCAGGGGGCGAAGUGAUCAACAGAGUGUUGCUGGGAUCCGGAAAGAGGAGAGAAGAUCUAGAGCUACAUGAUCUGGAGUCUGCGCUUUCUGUUGAAUUAUUCAACAACAAAAAUAGUGGCUUUUGGCACAGCAGCCUGAUUGACAAGAAUUUGAUAGACUUCUAUGUCCCUUUUCUACCGCUGGAGUUCAAACACGUAAAGGAGUGCGUCAUGGCGGAGCUAAGACAUCGCAAGUUAAUGCCUGAUGAACAGCUGGCAUUCCGUGUGGCCAGUGAGAUGACUUAUUUCCCCAAGGAUACUCGAAUGUUCUCUGAUAGAGGCUGUAAAACGGUCACAGCAAAACUGAACCUUUAUCUCUAGUCACUGCGGUCUGGUUUAGCCAGCUGAUGGUCAGCGAAGGGACGAUUUUCUUCGCUUUAUCUUUGUGUACAGGAUUUGGGUAUUUAAUGAAUGUUUGCAAAUGUAAUGAUUCUUCUCAGGUACUCGCCAGCACUGCCUCCACUGGUAUUAAUAUGGAGGUAAACGUAUUCCUUAAUUCCCCUCACAGUUCCCUUCUUUCUAGGUAAACUUACAAAUUUUAAAGCUGCAUAUUCAUGUGUUUGCAUAAACCUAAUCGUGACUGGUUCUCCUAUAAUGUUGACAUUUUGCAGAUCUAAAUAAAUGAAAAUGUAUGGGCAAUGCAAAUAUAUCGAACCAUUAUGUGUCACCACAAAUUGAAAAAAUGUGUCUGACGUAAUCUUUGACGAAACUAAUAGGGUAGAGAUGGGACACAUGCCACUAUGAGUUGUUUAUAUGAUGUGAAGUGCCUGGUUGUCAUCUAUUGUAAGCGCAUUUACUACUUAAAAUUGGUGUUUUAAUUGGGAUUA